UAGCAAAUUGAGUUGGUCCUAGCUCGAUUAACCGACCAAACCUAUAUCUAACACAUCGCAAUAAGUGACUAGCAAAGCAAAACCAUCUAUUCUCCAAUUCGCAGUUCUCUUUGCGUCUAUCCGCUGAUCGGUUUUGCAAAUCCAAACAUAAGCACAUGGACUCAUCGCAGAAUAACUUUGUCGGCGGCAACGGAUUAAUAAACCCUAAAUCCAACGACGCAUCACCCGCCGAUUCGACGGCCGCCGCUGCUUCCACCGCCGGUUCACCAGCCGAGGAGUCAAAACAAAAUCUCAAUCAAGUCAUAAAUUCAAUCGACAAAACCCUAGGAAUUCUCCACCAGCUUUAUCUCACCGUCUCUUCUUACAAUGUUUCGUCUCAACUUCCCCUUCUCCAACGUCUGAAUAAUCUUGUGCUGGAGCUGGAUAAUAUGGCGAAAUUGGGAGAAAAAUGCAAUAUUCAAGUGCCUAUGGAGGUUCUGAACUUGAUUGAUGAUGGGAAGAAUCCAGAUGAAUUUACGAGGGAUGUGUUGAAUAGUUGCAUUGCCAAGAACCAAGUCACUAAGGGGAAAACAGAUGCAUUCAAGGGUUUGCGAGGGCAUCUCCUGGAGGGGCUUGAACAGGCUUUCCCUGAGGAAGUGGAAGCUUAUAGAGAGAUUCGUGCAGCUUCUGCAGCCGAAGCAAAACGCUUGGCUCAAGCACAAAGUCUGUUAUCAAAUGGAGACGUUAAGGUGAAGCCUGAAAUUUAACAGCUACCUAGAUGAUGGAAUUUGUAUUUUCUAAGGUUAUUUAGCUUGUUAUAGAAUGUAAAAUGUAUGUAAUAGAUCUACAUAUCACGAUCAGUUUCAUGAUGAUCUUCGUUGUCACUGAAUGAUGAAACAUUGCAUUAUGUAUAAUCAACGUCCCCUCUGCUGCCCUCACCAGUGGAACUUCCAGAAUAGAAAAGAUUUAAUUUGUGCAAACCAAGGUGGAUUGGUUAAUUGUAGACAUUGCUGUUUUUAUUAGAUGUGACAUGUGGAAGGGUGGGAGAAGAAUGUUACUCGACUUUCUCUGGUUUCUUCUUAA